UCUGCAUUUCGUACCACUGUCUCCGAGCUGUGUGUUUCUUUCUGUGUGUGUGGAUGCCUAUGUGUAUGUAGGUCUGUGUGUGUGUCUCCUAUCUCCACAGGGAGCUAUUGAGGACUGAAAGGCGUCUCUCUCUCUCUGUCUGAGAUGACGUGGCAGCAUUCCAGAUAGUGGUACCGAGCAGUAGACAGAUGGAGUAGUGUCUGUGAUUAACCAUUCCAAGACUCUACCCAUGGACAGACAGAGAAGAGACUCAGCCCGCUCUAAGAGCAUGGUGCUGGGCCGCUGCAGUUCUCCUCUAGGCCAGGAGAUGACGUUGAAGGCCGGCUGGCUGAAGAGACAGAGGAGCAUCAUGAGGAACUGGCAGCUGCGGUGGUUCGUUCUCCACACUGAAGCACUGUACUUCUAUAAGGACCAGGAUGAGACUAAACCUCAGGGAUGCAUCAUUCUCCAGGGCAGUCAGGUCAGUGAGCUGUCGGCCAAUCAGGAUGAAGCUGGUCGCCACCUGUUUGAGAUUGGACCAGGAGGCAGUGGAGAGAGGGAUCGUUCAGGUCUGAGCGAGUCUUUCCUGUUGAUGGCUAAGUCUCAGAGUGACAUGGAGGAAUGGGUCAGAGCCAUACGAAGAGCUAUAUGGGCCCCGCUAGGAGGAGGUAUUUUUGGGCAGCAUUUAGAGGAGACAAUGCAGUGUGAGAGUGGGUGUGGCAGCAGCAGCAAGCCUCUGGUGCCUCUGCUGGUGCAGCAGUGUGUGUGUUUUAUACACCAGCACGGCCUAACGGAGGAGGGGCUGUUCAGAAUGCCUGGACAGACCAAUCACGUACGAGAGCUGCAAGACGCCUUUAACUGCGGGGAGAAACCACUGUUUGGCAGUAACACUGAUGUCCACACGGUGGCGUCCCUGCUGAAGCUGUACCUCAGAGAGCUGCCAGAGCCUGUGGUGCCUUUCAACAAAUACACAGAGUUCCUCUCCACUGCUCAGCUCCUGGCCAAGGACCAGGAGGAGGGGAUCCUUGAGCUGGGCAGGCAGUUGAAGAGUCUUCCUCAGGUCAACUACAACCUUCUCAGAUACGUCUGCAGAUUCCUAGAUGAGGUCCAGUCCCACUCAAGUCAGAACAAGAUGAGUGUUCAGAACCUGGCCACUGUGUUCGGGCCCAACAUCUUCCGACCCAAGAUGGAAGACCCACAAAUCAUGAUGGAGGGUAGUUCCCAGGUGCAGCACCUGAUGACUGUACUGAUCAGUGAACACUCUCGUCUGUACCAGGGGCAGGCAGAGACUCCCAGGGAGGACCAAUCUGCCCCUUCUCCAACUCCCUAUCCCCGGGUCCCCCCGAUUCAGCGCUGUAGGGUGGAAUGGCUCUCACAGGAGGACAUCCUGCCCCCCAACCCCGCCAAGGACUAUCCAUCCCUGGAACAGACCCCUAACACUCCAAGUCAGGAUCCACUUCAACCCCUCCCGACCUCCGCAGUGUCCUCUCUUGACACUGACCGCCCUGGAUCAACCCCCAAGGAAAGAACAGAGGGAGAUUCUGAGGGAAUGAAUGGUGGAAGAACAGAAGAAAAGACGGAGAGAAAGAGUGAAGGAAAGAGCGAAAUAAAACUCUCGGGUGGUAGUGGCGCAGACCUCGGCCCCAGUAAACAGUCCAAAAGCCAGUCUUCAUGGAGGUCCUCUUUGAAGGGUAGGUCCGGGUCAGGGGGAGUAAGGGGGAAGUUGGGGGGGUCAGCAGUUGAUGUGUCGACAGUCACCGGAGGCCACUGGCUGAUGAAUGGCCUGACGUCCUUCCGGAGUCACCGACGGACCGCUUCGACUGGCGAACGACUCAAAGAGUCCUCGCUUUGCCUGAAAGAGACACAUAUAGAUUCUCUGCUAGACUCAUAUACUGAGUCCUCUUUGUCACUAAAAGUCUCCCAAAGAAGCACGCUAAAAGACUCAUCUCCUUUACAUAUAGACUCCUCCUGUUCUACUAUAGUCUCCUCCUGUCCCAAUAUAAAGCCCUCCCAAUCUGUCAGAAACUCCCCCCAUUCCAACAGGCUCUCGACCUAUGACAACGUUAAUGUCACUCCCUGCAGUCUGAGUUUGCCCAUUGGCAGCCGCUCCCCCUGGACCUCUUGUGAGAUCCCAUUGGCUGAAUCUACAGGAAGUGAGCACGGGACACUGAUUUCUGGUUUAGGGUCAGGGCAGUCUGUGGCAGGGCCCUCGAUACCUGGGGACAGUAGCUCUCCUCUAGAGCUGUGUGUGAGCAGCGCUGACUGGAAUGAGGGUGACCCUGGGGAUGGCAUCACAGGUCAGAGGUCAGGGGUCAAUGAGGGUCUGUUCAGCCUGGUGACGGAGUUGAAGGAGGAGCUGAGGAGACAGAGGAUCAGCUAUGAGACACACAUAAACAAGUUAGAGGAUUCGUGUUCAGGUCUUCGUCUCCAGUCUGGUCGUUUAGAAGAGGAUCUAGGCCAGGAGAAGAAGAGGUUAUUCAUGUUAGAGAUCCAACUGGGGAACUCGGAACGCGCAAGGCAUGAUGCUGAGACUCGGAAUGUUCUCCUGCAGAAAGAGAUGGAAGAGUUAUUUGCUACACUGGGGAACCUGACCACUGGCACAGAUACCAGCUAGACCUGAGCAGACAGCAUUAGCCCACCGAGCAAAAGCCUACAAACUGGGCACAAACUGAAUGACUCACUGUUGUUUCAACAUGAUAUGUCAACGUAUAGCGACAUGGAAUUUAUGUGAAAAAUGCAUUAGAUUUGAAAAAAGUAAUGAACUUAAAAUGUUGUUUUGAGGGUGAUAUUUCAAACACGGGAUUAUCAUCAUGGUAACCAAAUUUCAACAUAGACAAACCUUGUAUCAAAUAUGUUGAACUUGUACCUUUAAGAAAACAUCAGAUCUUCAACCUUAUAUCCACAAUAAUAAAAAUAACUAUAGGCUGGGCAGCACCUCCUACUGGAUAAUGUAUCUAUAGCUACCCUUUGGUCUCCCAUCCAGGGUUUUAACCAAGCCUAGCCCUGCGUAACUAUGAUAUUUGUCACUAACUAUCACCAAUGUUCUAUUGCGAGAAUGAUUGUUAAGAGAUCUCCACUUAUUCCACAAACUGGAAUUAAAGCCAGACUAAAUCAGUGGCACAGAUGGAACUAUCCAAGCAGAAGACACAUCUCCUUCAAAUGUUGAUAUUUGGUUGUGUUGACAACCAAACACAAUUCAAUGUCACUUUUGAAAUACUAUAAAUAGCCUAUAAACUUCGACAAAUUGUAUGUUGGAUUCACUUCUCUAACUCAACCAAAAAUAAAAGUUAAAGAAUAGGAUUAAGCCAGUGGCUCAGACGCAACUAUCCAAGAAGUAGAUACAUCUCCUAACACAAUUCAAUAUGGGCCCGAUUCAGAUGUAGGAAAGGCGUAUAUUUCCUACGCACGCCUUUCCUACACACUUCUCAGUAGUUCCAAUUCAGACUUACCUUAUGCAGGUGUGUAAAGGGCUUUGAAGGUGUGGUUCCCUUGCACACUCAGAAUAAAUGUAAUUCGACUGCUGAAAACCCUCCCACUUGCUAGCUAACAUAUUUUCUUGUGGAGCUUUCAUUGAAUAGGGUUUUCAGUACAGUACCCCUUUAAAUUAGGUGUACCUUUUAAUUAGAAUUUUCUCAACAGACUCACUAGAAUAUACAGUGCCUUCGGAAAGAAUUCAGAGCCCUUGACUUUUUACACAUUUUGUUACGUUACAGCCUUCUUCUAAAAUUGAUUAAAUAGUUUUUUUCCCUCAUCAGUCUACACACAAUAUCCCAUAAUGACAAUGCAAAAAAAAAAAGUUUUGUGCAAAUUUACACAAGUAUUCAGACCCUUUACUCAGUACUUUGUUGAAGCACCUUUUGCAGCGAUUACAGCAUCAAUUAUUCUUGGGUAUGACGCUACAAACUUGGCACACCUGUAUUUGGGGAGAUUCUCCCAUUCUUCUCUGCAGAUCCUCUCAAGCUCUGUCAGGUUGGAUGGGAAGAGUCACUGCACAGCUAUUUUCAGGCCUCUCCAGAGAUCGGGUUCAAGUCCGGGCUCUGGCUGGGCCACUCAGGGACAUUCAGAGACUUGUCCCGAAGACCCUCCUGUAAUUGCCUUGAAUAUGUGCUUAGGCUCUGAGGUCCUGAGCUCUCUGGAGUAGGUUUUCAUCAAGGAUCUCUCUGUACUUUGCUCUGUUCAUCUUUGCCUCGAUCCUGACUAGUCUCCCAGACACUGCCGCUGAAAAACAUCCCCACAGCAUGAUGCUGCCACCCCCAUGCUUCACCGUAGGGAUGGUGCCAGGUUUCCUCCAGAUGUGAUGCUUGGCAUUCAGACCAAAGAGUUCAAUCUUGGUUUCAUCAGACCAGAGAAUCUUGUUUAUCUUGGUCUGACCGUCUUUAGGUGCCUCUUGGCAAACUCCAAGUGGGCUGUCAUGUGCCUUUUAAUGAGGAGUGGCUACCAUCUGGCCACUCUACCAUAAAGGCCUGAUUGGUGGAGUGCUGUAGAGAUGGUUGUCCUUGUGGAAGAUUCUCCCAUCUCCACAGAAAAACUCUAGAGCUCUGUCAGAGUGACCAUCGCGUUCUUGGUCACCUCCCUGACCAAGGCCCUUCUCCCCCGAUUGCUCAGUUUGGCCGGGCGGCCAGCUCUAGGAAGAGUCUUGGUGGUUCCAAACGUCUUCCAUUUAAGGAUGAUGGAGGCCACUGUGUUCUUGGGUACCUUCAAUGCUGCAGACAUUUUUUGGUACCCUUCCCCAGAUCUGUGCCUCGACACAAUCCUUUCUCUGAGCUCUACAGACAAUUCCUUCAACCUCAUGGCUUGAUUUUUGCUCUGACAUGCACUGUCAACUGUGGGACUGUAUAUAGACAGGUGUGUGCCUUUCCAAAUCAUGUCCAAUCAGUUGAAUUUACCACAGGUGGAUUACAAUCAAGGAUGAUCAAUGGAAACAGGAUGCACCUGAGCUCAAUUUCGAGUCUCAUAACAAAGGGUCUGAUUACUUAUGUAAAUAAGGUAUUUCUACUUUUUAUAUUUUAUAAAUGUGCAAAAAAAAUUCAUUGUUUUCGCUUUGUCAUUAUGGGUUAAUGUGUGAUUGCUGAGGAUUCUUUUUUGCAUUUAGAAUAAGGCUGAAACUUAACACAAUGUGGAAAAAGUCAAGAGGUCUGAAUACUUUGCGAAGGCACUGUAUGUAGAGAACGGUUCAGAAAAUUAGGGAUCAUUUAUUUAUUUUACCUUUAUUUAACUAGGCAAGUCAGUUAAGAAUAAAUUCUUAUUUUCAAUGACGGCCUAGGAACAGUGGGUUUACUGCCUGUUCAGGGGCAGAACGACAGAUUUGUACCUAGUCAGCUCAGGAUUUGAACUUGCAACCCUUCGGUUACUAGUCCAACACUCUAACCACUAGGCUACCCUGAAAGCCAUGUAAAUAUGUCUCAUUUUCAGCAUCUAUUGGUAUAUUUAAAAUGCUCUGAUCUUGUAUUAUUUAGGGUUAGGAAAAAAAACUGUGUAGAGCCUUUACGCGCAAAAUAAUGGUGAAUAAAACAAGAUAACAUUUUCCCACGUGAAAACCUCUCACAUGUAAAUAUUUUAAUUGGUAGAUUCAUGUGAAAACUUUUACAUGUGAUUGUUUUUCACGUGAACUUGCAAUUCCACAUGUGAAAGUGAGAAUUUAAUGUGAAAUAUUUGAAACUCCAAAUUCAUGUGAUUUUUUUUACAUGUGAUUGUUUGCAAUUUCCACACGUGAAAGUGAAUCUAAUUUGCAUUCUCAUGUAAGAAAACUCCACAUUUACUCCAAUGUUUGUAAACAAAGUAAAUGUAAACAAACCAUAUAUAACCUAAAAACAUGCUUUAACAUGCUAUAAUAUUGAAAUCAUGGAUGGUCAGUUCUUGCAGCCAUAGCGUAGUCUAUGGAUUUGAGAGCAGUUGCAUUUCUCCAGCCCCAGGCCUUACAUUUUUUUGCAAAACUGUGGUAGGGAUCACACUUAUUUCAUGUUUAAAUUAAGGAUUGCCACUUUAAACACCUUUAAUAGAGUAGUAGUGCCAUUAUAUGGUGCAAUCCUCUAGUGAGUGAGUUACUUUUGUGCCAUUAGUAUCAAGCAAAACUGAAGUCGAGAAGAAAAGUGUUAUUGUUGCAAACAAAAAUAAAGAUAUUGAAAGCAAAACAAAAUAUUGCAAGGAAAACAUUUUUAAUGCGAGAGCAAUUAAUUGUAAAUGGAUGCAAAAAAGUGUUUUCAGUUUAAAAAAAAUUGAUAAUACAAUUAAAUAAAACAUCUCCCUCUUUCCUGCAAUUUUCCCUAUCUUUAAUUGUUAACCUGGCCUUUUUUCCGGUUCUGGUUUGCUGCUGAAGCUAAGUAGGGUUGGUCCUGUUCAGUCCCUGGAAGUGGUGUCCGAAAACCAAGUCAGAAUCAUGAACAUUUCACAUGUAAAACAAAUAAAUAAAAUAUAUAUGUGAUUUGUU